GUGCAAGUCUAUUGGAUGGCGAGUAUUAAAUGGGUAAAAUCGAAGAAUAGAUUUAACUUUGGUUGGUUUUCGACUCUGGUCGAGUACUUAAUCUAAAGUAUCGAGUAUUAUCGACUGACAUUGAUAUGGUAUCAGAUAUGACAUAUCGAUGCUUUGUGAACAUCAACAGUGAUGAUUAAACCAUUAAACCUUGUGCCUAAAUAAAAUAAAACAAAAUGAAUGACUGAAAUACAAUUCCUUAGUGUUUAUUAUUGUAUUAUUUUCUUAACAUUUUCACCAACAUUUAUCCAACUAUGUUAAUUUGAUUGGAUUAUCUGCCUUUUAUUCUUGUGCUCCUUUCUGUGAUUUUUGAGAUUUUGCUCUAAUGCUACCGUAUGUGAUAAUAUUGUGUUAACCAUUAUGUUUAAAAAUUUGAAAAUAAAAUUAGAAUCUGAAAAGGCUGAAUCUACCAGUUUGUCAUCGGAUUGUGAUGAUGUCAGUCUUAACCAGCAGAUAAGUGAUGAAUCACUCUUAAACCAUAAUAAUGAUAACUCGGAGAUGAAGGAAAGAAAGAAGAUGAAGAAUGUAUCAAGACCGGUCAUCAAAUCAUCAUUUUCUUCUAUUGAUAUUAGCAAUAAUCAUCCCGAGUCAGCUUUAAAUUCUGCUUCAAUCAAGCCAACCUCAAUUUCCUCGAUGGAACUAGAUGAAUCUUCCAUAAAAUUUGAUGAUCGCAAAAAGCUUUUAUGGGAAAAUGAAAGGUUACGCGAUCAGAUUAGAGUGUUAUCUAACAAGCUGGAAAGUUCAACAAGCGAAAAAAAAGUUGAUUAUAUAGAUGAGAAGCUGCUUAAGCUGGUUGGAGAAUCUAUUGUUAAGGAAUCAAGUGAACAAUCCAAAGAAGCUAAUGGCAUCAAAUCUAACUAUGGAAACUGGUCUUUAUUAUUGCCCCCUUCAAAUAAAGAUGACACGAACAAUUCUAAUGGUGAUCUACAUAAAAAAGAGGUUGAAAAGUUACAGAGACGUAUUAAUGAACUAGAAGAAUCUUUAAGAGAAAAGAAUAAAACGAUCCGAUUACAACAACAACGAUUAAAUGAUAUAAGGAAAAGCUUUCAGAGAGGAUCAACUUUGGAUAGUAAACUUUUUGAUAUUCCUGGAAGUCAACAUGAUAAUGAAAUCGGGACAAAUGAUGGUUCAUCUCGAGCAGAAAAUGGUUUUGCCGAUCAACAGCAGCCUCAACCACAACAACAACAUCAACGUCAACUUUCAGAUUCUCAAACUUCUAUGAACUAUCUGAUGAACGACAUUAGUUUUCAAUAUUUAAGAACUGUUGUGUUUAAAUUUGUAUCGACUUCAGAUUAUGAGUCUCAAAAGCAUUUAAUCAAAGCUAUCUCUAUGCUUCUCAAGUUUUCAGAUGCCGAGGAAAGACAAAUAAGAGAUAGUUUAGAGCAAAGAGUUUCUUGGUUCAAAAGUUUACCACUUCUUGGGAAUGGAUUCAAAAUGAAUUCUAAUUAUCAACCGGCACACCAUUGAAAGUUCGAGCAAUAAUACAAUUUCUACACAACUUGUAAUUGGAUAUCACCCGAUGUUGCUAGUCGUGAAGAAACUGAAUGCAUCCAUACGGAAGCCUUAUAGAUCUUUUAUUAAUCUCUUCAUCCUUCCUGUCAUCAAUCUCUAUUUGAAUUUAUUAUCACUUUUUCUUUGAAAUCAAACAAUUCCAAGGCGACGAAAGAAAAAAAUUACUGAUGAUUAAAUUUUCAUGUAAAUGCAAUUAACUUGAAUAAAUUCUACUUUCAUUACAACCAAA